AUUUUUUGUCUACGGCGGAUUUUUUUCCCGACUCGGGUCGGGUCCAGGGGCGCUGGUGAAGGAAAACUCGGAGCGCGAUUGAUUGAUUGGCAUCUUUUCGGGACGGCGAGGAAUCGGUCGGUGUGUGUGGGAUAGGAUAGGAUAGGAUAGGAUAGGAUAUGUUUUCGGGGCAGAUUUCUCAACUUGCUCUUUCUUCUCUCUCUACUCUCUCUCUCUCUCUCUCUCUCUCUCUCGUGUUUCUCUCUUUCUCAUGUUUCUCUCUUUCUCGGGUUGAUGGAGAGGGAAUCUGGAAUCUGGAAUAUGGAAAUGGCACCUUUUUUUCCCUACUUCGAGUUUUGUCUUCUGGUUUUCUUCACUUUCUCCUGUGGGUGAAUCGGUCUUCCCAGUGGGUGACUCGGUUUCUCCGGUGGUGCUUAUUGUAACAUAUAUAUACACAUGUACAUAUCACCGGAUGGUUAACGCCGUGGGGUUCAUGAUAGUAACACGUCGACGAGGGAGA